CGUUGCAGCGUAAAGAAGCAGAGACUUCGGGCUCCGAUAAUAUCCACACAAAUAUUGACUGAUGUUUGGACGAUUUAUAUCGCAGAAAUUUGAUGAAAUUUGGAGGAAUUUGGUUCUCGACAACGCGUCAACGGGAAGACGUAUGGAUCCUCUCGUGCAAGGUGCCAGUCUGGAGAACAUCGUCAAGUAUGUGUUGAGACACACGAGACUCACGGAUGCGCGCGCGCGAUACCUGGUCGUCGAGGUUCUUAAGGCCGGGAUUGCUCUAGGUAGAAUCAAAAGGACUCCGCACUCCACUUAUGUACUCGCGUCCUCCAAGACCGCGAUUGCCCCCAGAAUCACGGAGCCCAAGUUUCGCGAUAACAGCAGCUGCAGCUCGUUCUCGGAGUAAUCAUCAAUAAUAAUUUAAAUCAUUGCAUGA